CCCUUGACACUGUGUCCAAGUCCUGCGCCUGGUCUUCUCCUUACACCCCGAACUACACCCCCAUCACGACACCCAGGGCACGACACCCAGGGCACGGCACCCAGAGCACGACACCCAGAGCACGGCACCCCGGUCACGACAACUGCAGCACUACACCCAGGGCACGACAAUCCUACCACGACAACCCCGGGCACGAUACCCAGGGGACGACACCCAGGGCACGACACCCCCGGGAACGAUACCCAGGGCACGACACCCGGGGCACGAUACCCAGGGCACGACACCCGGGGCACGACACCCGGGGCACGACACCCGGGGCACGACAUACCUCACUAGUGACACGGUUGGCUCCCGCUCAGAAACAUCUCCCCCCAAGCCUCUACCCAGAAAAUUCCUAACACUGUGAUUGAGAUUUUCCAUAGAGACACAACACGUACUGGAGAAGCUACAUACACUGAUUGAGGCACAGGUAUAGUGAAGAUACAGAACAUUAAUAUUAUACCUAACUUAACCUGUUCCUCUGACUGUAGCAUUACAUGGAUCCUCGCUAUACUGUUACUCGCUACUAAGGAACUAAUUCAGAAUCACCUACGUAUCAUACAAACAGUGACAUUAAUGGAAUAAGAGACAGAUUCAUGUAGCUUCAUCCAUCUACUGCUUAAGGGUUUCCAAUACCAUUACUACAUAUUGUUAAGUGUGUUAGAGUCUUGGUACUAGUGGAUCGACGUCUGUAAAAUGUCCAUCGUUUGAAGAAUUUAUUCGAUCUUAUGCUCUGGGAUAGUGUCUGUUGUUAUCCUUACUCUCUCGCAGCAUUUACUGUGGUGUAUAGGCUGUGUGUGUGUGCUGUGAUGGUAUCUUUGGUUGAUUAUGCCUUGCUGUGAGUGCUGUGAUGGCAUCCUCGAAUGAUUAUAGUUUGCUGUGUGUGUUAUGCUUAAUCCUGACGAGCAGUUUGUGUGUGGUAGUUAUGUACGUGUUAAUUAUGAUGAUUAUCUACUACUAUUGUGAAUGACUUACACACAUACUUACACAUUUACACACACACACACACACCAGGACGAAAUAUACAAACCAAACUUCCUUAUCUAAUAUAGAUCAAAAGAUUCAAGUUGUUAACCGAGUCUAGAGAAAUCAACACACAGUAGCACCAACCACACAAACUGAACAGACUUAAAUAACUCAAGGGAAGAACUGAAAGGGAUUUAAAUUUGCACGGGAGUUGUUGCCAAGAUAAAACGCACAGCAAAGUUUCUGUAUCUGGCCGGAGUUGGAGAUAAGGGAGAGGAGGGUUCUUGGAGAAGCUCUUUGAAACUUUGUAGUCUGGGAGUAUUGUAGUUUGAAGCAGUAUGAGUGAAAAGGAAAAUUGAAGGACAUUGCUUGCUGGGGGUGUAGGAGUGACAUGUGAAAGCUGGAAAUAUAUGUGAAAAUAAAUGAGCGAACUUUGAGACUCAAUAGUGAAUUUUGAACUCUGAAGUGAAGUGCCGAUAGCCAGGAAGCUCAACAGUGCCUCAACAGUGACAGAAAGCUUGACAGUGCCUCAACAGUGCCAGGAAUCUCAACAGUGCCUCUAUAGUGCCAGGUAGGAGGACACACACACACACACACACACACGAUGUUGGGGCGACAGUUGGCAGUUGUCUCUCCUCGUCGGCGUCGCCUCCAAACCUCCUCCCAAUUCUUCUCCAAACUCUCCGCCUCGCUCUCCGACAUCCCCUCCAGUGUCCUCCUAGGGGGUCAGUCCUCCCCACAGUCUGGAGGAUCUGCCGGGAAGAGGAGAUGGAGGUGGCCAGUGGGGGAGAAGAGGUACAGCGUGAGGGAGGAGAGGGAGGUGGAUGAUAAAGACAGAGAAGAAGUGGAUAAAGAAGAAGAGAAACGCAUAGAAGAUGAUAACAAAGAGAGAAGAGAAGGAAGAAGAUACGAAAUUGAUGAUAGGAAGGGGAAACAUGGCGUGUAUAUAAUGGAGAAGAGGUGUAUAGAGGGUGACAAGAACGAGAGAAGAGAAGGAACAGGACAGAAGAAGAAUGAUGAUGAUGAUGGGAAUAAGGAAAUUGAUAAUAAAGGAAUAACUUGUGAUAAAACUACUCCUGUUAUUGUUAGACCUUCUAGACCAGUGCGGGACAGGACCAGGGUGGGUGUCAGGAGCUCCCUGCCCUUCACCACCAUCGGCCUGGGAUCACCUCCCUCCUCCGGCGUCUCCUCCGGGUCAUCGGACACUCAGAGUCAGGGCAGCGGGGUUGGGGAAUCCAAGAGCGACUCCCCGACACCCGAAGGCUCCAGGAAGAACGGCGAGGCGUCGUCUGUGUCAUCGUCUUCGUCAUCUUCUUCCGGAGUUGUGUCCGGCGUGAGUGUCCGCUGCGGCAAGGGUCAUGAGCUGCCUGUUACUGCUGGAGCUCGUGAAUCAGCAGCCCUGCGUCAGGAGGUGGAGACCCUGAGGGCGGAGAUCACCAAGGCCCGACAGACUAUCCUACACAUGCAGGAGAGAGAAAAGAAACUCAAGGAAAGGUUGGGUGAGCGAGCCUCGAGGGGCAUUGAGCGAGGCAGUGGUCGAGUGGAGAAUCUGAGCUUGGGAGAACGUCGACCAUCUGCCCUAGUACGUCGCUACGGCAACCUGUACGCUCAAGCCCGAGUCGACACCCUUGAUGCUCUCGACGCACUCCCUGAUCUUAAGAACGCCGAGGAGCUCAAGUCGAAGCUGCUGUUCAGUGUCGUUGUGCUGGCCUUCCGAUCAGCGGCGUCAUCAGCUCAAGCUCUACGUGAGGAAGUACGUCGGGUCCUCCAAAUUCCUCCACCUCCUCCCCCAUCAGGAGACGUCUCUAGCCACGACCAUCACCACCACCCCCACUCCUACGACAGUCACUCCCACGCCCUCGAGCUGUCCGUUUCAGCCUUCGUCACUGCCAACAUUGACAAACAUGAUCUGUCCAAGAACAUGGAUGAAGUAUGUCAACAAAUCUGGGCGACACUGUACGACUAUCCGGCUCUCAAGUCCUGCGACGGUCUCCUGCAGUACGUUAAGGAUUGCGUGCGUCUCGCCUGGGGGCUCAACAACCAGACGCCGCCUUAUGUCAUCGACUACGACACCCGCACCUACAAGAAGGAAGCCCACGUACGUUUCCACACGGCCGAUCCUGAUAGCGAUAGUAUCAAGACCUACCUGUGGCCGGCGCUGCUGGAGGGGCCCGGUGGUCCUUGUGUACAGAAGGGCGUCGUGGUUACGUAGGGAGGGAAGCGACUCAUUCACUCCUGGGCCUCCCCUGUGUUGUUUGGCGAGGUGGACCAGCGUAUAGGGAGUCUCCAGCAUAGUGACCUACUCACCCACCCACCAGCCUCCUGUACAUAGCUACAGUUGUACAUAUGUUCCUGUACCACUGGGGUACUUUAUCUCCCUCCCGAGCCUUCGUAGGGAUCAUGUAUCAAAGAUGUAUAUUGUGUUCAUCUAUAAUCUACAAGAACAUUGUCUCAUGUAUUGACAGAUGUAUUAUACUAACUGAUGGUUCUUGUAAUGUAUUUAGCUGGGAUAACUAAAACAGUUUCAAUUAGUUUUCCUGAAGCCACUUUAUUUUACUGUAUUUUAUUGUAUUCUGUAAAGGGAAUAUCGGUAUUACGUGAAUUCUAAUAUAAACGUUUGGACUAGUAGGUGUCUAUACUUAUAACGUUACACUGUUGGGAGAUUUAGACCAUGUGUCAGUGUACAAGAAAAGUCUUAACACUGACGAGAUUAGUUACAACUGGUUAAUUUGUAAUUUUAUUUAAGAUAGUUUCGGGAAAAUAUAUUUGAAAAUAUUCUUCCUCUCGUACAUGUUGGUAAGGUAAGGUUCCACAGGCGGGUUAUAAGAGGAUCAUACCUUGGAUUAUCUCCCUAAUUGGAGGUGUGUGUACGCCACUAGAUGUCAAAGACGGGAAAAAUUGUCGUCAAAUUUACACCGAGUGUCCCACAGUUACGUUCUAAUAAAAGGAUGAAAAUCUUA